UGAGCAGCCUUUGGAAUAAAGUUCACCGAUCGUGAGACUACAAUCACUAGGGCCUUGUGCGUUGGCUGGCGACAUGAAAGCCAUACAAAAUUGAAGUGAGAAAUCGGGACUCGAAAUCGCCACAAUGUCCAGCGAUCAGGUGAAUUCCCAACCGGAAACGGAAGCGCAAGCGGAGGCGGCAGUGGAAGCGGUAGCGGAAACGGAAGUGGAUGGUGAACCCGAAGUGCUCUCGCUAGCCAGUGUGGCCAGCUCCGUGGAAGAGACCCAGGCACCCAGCACCAGUCACAGUCACCGUCCUGCGGGCAAGUCCUCGGAGGCACCACUCACUGGCUGUGUGGUGCGAAUCAAGCGCGAACUGCAGGACAUUCGGAAACAUCCGCCGCCGAAUUGCAGCGCCGAUUUGCAUCACGGGGAUCUUCUUCGCUGGACGGCAGGCGUGAAUGGGCCAGCUGGCUCCGUUUACGAGGGCGGUCACUUCCGGCUGGAUAUACGAUUUCCGGCCAGCUAUCCCUUCCGGCCGCCACGCAUCCGGUUUACCACCCGCAUCUACCACUGCAACGUGGACAGUCGCGGCGCCAUUUGCCUGGACGUCCUCGGCGAACGCUGGUCGCCGGUGAUGAACGUGGCCAAGGUUCUACUUUCUAUUUACGUGCUGAUGAGUGAGUGCAAUCCAGAUGAUCCACUAGUCAUGUGCAUUGCCGAUCAGUACAAGACAAACCGCAGGGAGCACGACAAAAUUGCCAGGCACUGGACGAAGCUGUUUGCGAUGACCAAAGUGCAGGAUAAGAAAGGAGAAAAGGACGCGGAUCAGCAAAAUCAGGAACCAAAUCCAAUGCCAAGUCAGCCAGCAGAUUAGCAGUCACAAGAGCAGCCAAUUGUAUUAAACACAACACUCUUAAGUGCAAAUAGAAAAUAAACAUAGAAAAUUGCAGUUAUGAA